AUGUCUAGGUCUGGGUUCACCUUGUUCCUGCAAUUUCUGCAUGUACAUACAUGGAAUCGCGUGAAAUUAGCAGCUGGAUUCUCCAAACAACCUGGCGCUGCACCAAGAGGAUCCAACACGUACGAUCACGGCUUUGGUCGAUCUACACCUGGAGUAGCAAUGUCGUCGACGGCGGCGAUAGUCGUCCUCCUGCUCGCCGUCGCCUUCGUCUCGGCGACGACGGUGGCGGAGGCGAGGCACCACCACCGCGACGGGUACGCGAGGGUGUUCGACCGGCAGCAGGCCGACCUGGUGGAUGCGUUGCCAGGGCAGCCGGCGGAGGUCGGGUUCCGGCACUUCUCCGGCUACGUGACGGUGAACGAAACGCACGGCCGCGCCCACUUCUACUGGUUCUUCGAGGCCACCCACGACGUCAGCAAGAAGCCCCUCGUCCUCUGGCUCAACGGAGGGCCUGGAUGCUCGUCGCUUGGAUACGGAGCACUGGAGGAGCUGGGACCCUUGCUGAUCCAGAAGGGAACCCCUGAGCUCAGGCUCAACCCUAACGCAUGGAACAAAGAUGCCAAUCUACUCUUCCUGGAGCAACCUGCCGGCGUUGGCUUCUCCUACACCAACACGACGGCCGAUCUCGAGAGAUUCGGCGACGACAUCGCAGCUCAUGACGCGUACACGUUCCUCGUCAACUGGUUUGAGAGGUUCCCGCAGUUCAAGGGGCACGAUUUCUACAUCGCCGGAGAGAGCUACGCCGGGCAUUAUGUCCCCAAUCUCGCCGCGAAGAUCGUGGAGCAGAACAAGAAGGUGCACAAGAGCAGGCACAUCAAUUUCAAGGGAUUCAUGAUCGGGAACGCGGCGAUCGACGAGGCGUCGGACGACCGCGGCAUGGUGGACUACGCGUGGGACCAUGCCGUGAUCUCGGACGAGCUCUACGCCAACAUCACCGACAACUGCCGCUUCGACGCGGGUCAGAGCAGCGACUUCUCCUCGUCGAACCCGAACCCCGCCACCGCCGCCUGCGACAGCGCCAUGAACAGCUUCUACGAGGCCUUCAACGACAUUGACAUCUACAGCCUCUACACGCCCUCCUGCACCGCCACCACCAGCUCCAUGGCCAGGAAGGCGCGUCCACUCCACCGCCGGUCACCUAACAGCGACAACGGCAAGCCCCUGCGGCCGCGGUACAACGCCUACGACCCGUGCCUGGACAACUACGUCUCGGACUACCUGAACCGCCGCGACGUGCAGGACGCGCUGCACGCCAACACCACGGGCAGCAUCCCCUACGGCUGGUCCGCGUGCAGCGACCCGCUGUUCCAGCACUGGCAGGACUCGGCGGCGUCGACACUGCCGGUGAUCAAGAAGAUGGUCGACGCUGGCCUGCGCGUCUGGGUGUACAGCGGUGACACCGACGCCCGCGUGCCCGUCACGUCCACCCGCCACGCCCUGCGCAAGCUCGGGCUCGCCACCAAGAAGCAGUGGAGGGAGUGGUUCACCAGCGACCAGGUCGGCGGCUACACGGUGGACUACGAGGGGCUAACCUUCGUCACCAUCCGUGGCGCCGGACACAUGGUGCCCACUGUCACGCCUGUGCAGGCCAGCCAACUGUUCGCACACUUCCUCGCCGGCGAGCAGAUGCCGCAGAAACCCAUUGUGGCGUAA